AUGGAGCCCGUGGAGAACCCGAUGCCAGUCAUGGCCAGCCAUGCCACCCAUCGAGAAUCGUGGGAUUCUCUUUCUUCCACCUUCGCCAACCUCGAGGUUUCCUUCUCGCAAGACAGCUGCUACGGCUCCGACGAAGUCUCCGUCUCUUCCAACAAUCCAGCCCCGCUCCCAUCUAGUAUCGACACCUGUACUACCAAACACGAGAGUUCAUCCUUGCAUCCCAUCUUGAAAUCGAUCCUGAAAAACUCAAACGCCGAUUACCACCACGACACUGAAUCUGAAUCCGGUUACGGAUCGGACGAUAUUGAGUUUGACUAUGAUGCCUUCUCCGACGAGGACGAUGACGACGACCUGUCUGAUUUCUCUGUCUGGGAAGACACUCCAGAAAAUGUCCCCGAGACGCGAGAGGAUCGUACCGAUACUUUCGACGACUCAUUUAUCGGCUUCGAGCCCUCAGUCCAGUUUGAUCCCAUCGUCCAAUUUAUCGACACUCCUGAUCACUCUGAAGCAGAGGACGAGCCCGAGAGAGCUGAAAUGACGUGUCACGAGAUGAUGCUGCUGUCACUUCAGUCCGGUGGUUCGCCCGCCUCUUCGAUUCAAUCCGAUGUGGAUGACAUUUCGGACGAUGAGGGUGACCACCAUCACAAAGAAUUUAUCCGAAACUGCACCACUUACCCUGAGGAUUUUACUCAUGACGCAGUGGAUGUGGACCGUCAACUCUUUGUCGCGUACAUGAAUGGCAUUCACGGAAUUGCUGAUGCCAAAUACAAAACUUAUCUCCACGCCCAAGCCGACAACAUCAGAAUGGGCCACGAAAUUGAGUCCAUGCAUCCGGAUGAUGCACCUUGCAUGUACCUCGACCUGAUCCAAUCCCACGUCAUCGGGGUGUUCCGGAAUCUCCUCUGCGUGGAUGAACUGAACGAGUUGAUCGGGCUGCGUAAGGAAGAGAUGACCGUCGCACAGGCUGAGACCAACUCUGCUGUCCUGAAUCAGAAUCAUCACCAUAUUCUGCUCGAUAAGGUGGAGCACCUUCUCCUUGACCGUCUCACCAAUGGACGCGUUGACAUGUAUCCCGACGAGCUGAGUUUCUUUGCCGGUGGCGUUGUGCAUGCCCUCGGCACACAGGACCUUCCUGCGCCGACCUAG